AUGGCAGACACCGGAGUAAACACACCAGCUACUUUGAUCGCAGAGGAGGGCGAACAUACAUACAAGUUCAAUAUUUCGAUGAGCUGUGGAGGAUGCUCUGGGGCUGUUGAUAGAGUUUUGAAGAAAUUGGAUGGUGUCCGCGCAUACGAAGUCAACCUCGAAGGUCAAACCGCAACGGUCAUCGGAAAGCCGGAAUUGGAAUUCGAUACCGUGUUGGAGAAGAUCGCAAAGACGGGAAAGAAGAUUAAUACGGCGGAGGCGGAUGGUGUGAGCAAGGACGUUGCUGUUAAGACUGAAUAA